AUGAGGAAAAAUAUAAUUUGGUUCAAGCCAAUACCGCGUAAUGCACCUACAUCAUUCUCAUUGAUUUCUGUGGAUUCUCUGGUGAAGAGAGCGUAUGAGAAUUGGAACCAAGCUGUAGAAUAUGAUGGUGAAGUCCUGAACUCUCUAUCCAUUGGAAAGAACGAAACAAAAGCCUCAGCUUCCGCUAUAUCCGAACACAAUCAUGUCACAACUACCCAGAACAAGCAGCAGUGUAUCUCCUUUCAACCAAGCCCACAAUGCCAAACCAAAAACAACCUUUCAAACUCUCAGUUGAUUGAAUUUCCAUUCAUAAGGUCUGAUUCAGUGGCGGGAAUGGCGAUAACUACCCCACAAGCUGAGUUAGCUGGCACUGCGGAUUAUGGAUCGGUUGGAAUGUCGGCCUUUGGUGGUUCUUAUCUUCCGGGAGAAUGGUCAAGGCCAAGGGAUGGGCACGGAUUUGAAGACUUCUUCUCUGAGGAUAUCCGAUCAAGGAGUUCGGAGAUGUUGGAGAGUGAUGCUAUGCAGAGGCUACUAAAGACAUUCAACAUGGGAAUUGGAUCUACGUUUGGGCAUUCUGACGAGGCUUGUUUUUCUUACAAUGCCCCACAUGAGCAUCAGUUGGGUCAGACAUAUGGACAAGAGCGUGGACGAACUCCGGGAAAGGCUGUUGUAGGAUGGCUUAAGUUAAAAGCUGCUCUGAGAUGGGGGAUAUUUAGAAGGAAGAAAGCUGCAGAGAGAAGAGCUCAGCUUGUCGAGCUCGACUAAAUCAAUCGCUCGGUCUAUUUUGAUUUUUGUGGGUUUAGUCCGAGUUGACAAGCAAUGGGAGGGCGAAGAACGGAAUUGUUUAUCAUAUAUAUGAGGACUGAAACCUUUGUUUUCCAUUUUUGUCAAAAUGAUUAAUUUUAUUUUCCUUUCUUUUUAUUUUGUUUGUUAAGUUGAGUUUUUGUUUUGUUUUGCUUUCUUUUCUGAUUACCAUUUCCCAUUGCUUGUAUGUUUUGUUUUCGCUUUCCUUUUUGUUUGGAUUAUUUUUCUUGGUUGUUCUUCCCUGGUCAAAGAAAGGCUGCUACUUGUACAGCGCAAUAUCAUUUCCCCCCU